ACAAAAGCCGGUAGUAAAUGCGCGGCAGAUUGAAAAACUGAACCACAGAGACUUUCGGAUUUUGUUUAUAGUCAACUCGUGUAUUUUUACAACGCGCGCAAAAGUAAAAACAAAAUGCCGAAUAAAAUACCAAGAAAAGCUAUCAAAGAUAUCUUAAAAGAGAAAACCAACAUGCGAAUUGGUGCUAAUGCAGAUUUGAUGGUGCAAUUGGACAUGCUGCUCUUUCUCCACCGACUGGCUGAGGAGGCACGGGCCAAGGCCUUCGAGGAAAAAUCAGCCACCAUCAAAGCUCACCACGUCCAAGCCGUCUCCAAGAAACUUCUCAAAAGUGUCCGGGGUUGACUACACAGGGACGAUCCUCCUCGUCAUCUUCUGUUGGUCAAUCAUGGCCUGAAGAUCCCAAGUCGUAAUGUUUUGCUUAGAUUGUACAACACACAGGCAGAUUUUAGAGUUGUUUAAAUCUUGCUUUUUAGGAAAUGGCUUUUGUGUUUGUCUUUUAUUCAACAGUAAUCUUGAUUUAAGCCAAUGCAUUGCCUCAUAACCAUCAUUGCACCACUACAUUGAAGUCUUUUUUUUCUGUAUUCAGUGAUUAUCUAAUGCUUGUAAAUAAACAUUUUUUUGGCACUUUA